GUCUGGGUUCGAGUGCGGGAUUUCCCGUCACUUGCGUUUAGAGCGAGGAAGAAGAGGGAUGGAGUGUUGAAUGGCUUCUGUCACUGGUGUAAACUGCAGAGCAAGGCAUGGCUGGGAAGCCAUUCCGGGCCACCCAAAUCUGGAGCAGCAUCAUCUCCAACCUCCACACCCACGUGGAGGUCAAGCGCCGGCGCCACAAUCUCAAGUCCUACGAGGACUGCUUUCUCGGCUCCGAGGCCGUGGAUGCCGUGUUGACGCACAUUACCUUGAAUCGCUUCUUUGGUGACGAUGCAGUCCCUCGCCAGAAAGCCGUGCGACUUUGUCAAGCCCUGAUGGACUCGAAGGUCUUUGAGCCUGUGGGCGUGAAAGUGUUUGGCAAGGAAAAGAAGCGGGCCACUUUUGAGGACAGUAGCUGUAGUUUGUACAGGUUCCCGAGCCCGCAGACGGGUUUGUCAACGCUGAACAAUACCAAGUCUAACUCCACGGUAACCAUAGAGAGCGGCUAUGACUCUCCAGGCAUAAAAAGGAACAAGAACAGCUAUAAUCCACUGUCUGAAAGACAAGAGAUGCCGACCUACUUCACUCACUCUCCCGUAAGACGAGGCAGAUCAGUGGAGGACGUGCUGAGAAAUCUCAACCUAAACUCGACCAUCACGCCUCAGAUGAUCAACUUGGGCCUCUCACGGGAGCUGGUCACAGAGGUGUGGCACCAGCAGGCCGUGUGCAGGCUCCUGCAGUUGAUUGAGCUCCCGCUGCUGGAGAACUUGCUGGGGUGCAAGUGCGCCUCGCGGUCUUCAUUGCUCACGGUAGACAGCGACUCAGACUUGUUGCUGUCAGCAGGCUACUUGGACAGAGAAGUGCUCAAGGCCUUCAGUGAGGCACAGGCAGAUGAAUGGAUGUCUGGUGCCGUAGACUGUCUGGACUUCCUCCCCGAUAAUCAAGUGGUGGAGGUCAGCAAAGGUCUGGCGGGCUGCGCCAAUGACCUAUUCGAAUGUAAGAGGCUGCUCUACGAAGUCCUGGCGAAUCAUUACGCUCGAGUCAAGCAGCCGCCACUCCUCAGCAACCACUUGUUCGACAUCUACUCGGGCAUUUCGGAGCUUCUCGUAAACGGUAAACUGGAGCAAGCUCUGGAGGCACUGCAGCUCAGCCUGAAGCUGCAGGACUCUCGAUGCAGGGAGGAGCUGCGGCGGCUGCUCAGGUUCAUGGCCAUUGCCGCUAACGCACAGGACAUCAAACUCCACAAAGAGAUCGAGAACCGAAUGGCAGUGAAGAGGUCAUUCUCCAGCGCCAUCGUGUACAGCCGAAGACUCUCCAAAGGCAAAGUGGACCUGAUGGUUCUUUUUAUGAUGGACAACCAUUGCGAUCUAUUCAAUGUUCCUGUUUCACUACACAAGAUGGUCAGCGACAGAUUGAAGAAUAUCGUUCGAGGGAAGGAUGCAGAUAUGAUAACAGGGUCGACGUAUUGCACAAGACAGAGCGCAAAGGCUUAUUCGGAAAACAGAGAAACGCACACUAAAGAGGAAUUGCGGUCGUUACUACGGACAAUCCACGAGAACCCCAACAUGCCCAACAAGGAAAAGAGACAUCUGCUGGCCCAGUUCUACAAAGGCCACCCGGACAUUUUUGUGCAAUAUUUUGGCAAUAAGUUAUCAAGCAUGAACAUGUUGCUACAGUAAAACUUUGUAUGUAAUUUAAUGCCACGGGGUGGUUGUAAAUGUGAACAUAUGUGGCCGUUGUGUAAAUAGUGACUGUGAAUGUGGAUUUGCAAGGAGUAAAGCUGUGAUUUAUAUGCACAUACCAUAAUUUCCGGACGAUUGAGUGAACCAAGGUUAUUAUAGUAAAAGAAACUGCAAGAACUAAAAGUAAAAUUGAAUAACAAUUUUCCGGAAUGAAAUAAAACAAAAAUGCU